AUGACUAACGAUACAACCAUUGAAGACAAGGGCCCCGCUUCAGAAGACGCCCAACCUUCCCAGGUUCAAUCUAAGAAGGGUGCAAAGAAGGCGGCAAAGGAGGCAGCGAAGGCAGAGGCAAAGGCAAAGAAAAAGGAAGAUCGAGCAGUGUCGAAAUUGACCCAGGAUGCAGGAAACCUGCAAAUUGAGCCGACAGCCCCAAGGCCCCGGCAGGGUGCUAACUACAAGAUUGGCUUGCAAAAUACCGAUCAAGGUGUGGUAACGAGGUUUCCUCCGGAACCAUCCGGCUAUUUGCACAUUGGUCAUGCUAAGGCUGCACUGCUCAACGACUAUUUUGCACAUGAGGAGUAUCAAGGCACACUGCUCCUCCGCUUCGAUGACACAAAUCCGAGGAAUGAGAAGGAGGAGUUUCAAGAUGCCAUCAUAGAAGAUCUCGCCUUAAUGGGAAUCCGACCUGACCGGGUUAGCUAUUCGAGCAACUAUUUUGAAGUAUUGUAUCAGUACUGUGUUGAUAUUAUCAAGACGGGAAAUGCAUAUGCCGAAGACGCAGAGAAGCACGAGAUGGAUGAUCUUCGGAAGAGCAGGAAAAAGAGUGCGCGAAGAGACGAAAGCAUAGAGAGCAAUCUGGCUCGGUUAGAGGAGAUGAAGAAUGGCACUUCCGAAGGACAGAGAUGGUGUAUUAGAGCAAAGAUUCAGUAUGACAGUCCAAACGGAGCCCUGCGAGACCCCGUCAUCUAUCGCUGCAUCGUCACCUCGCAAGAUGACACCGGAACGCACGUCGUCUCUCACCAUCGCACAGGGACCAAGUGGAAGAUUUACCCAACCUACGAUUUCUGCUGCCCCAUCUUGGACAGUAUCGAAGGUGUUACCCACGCGCUUAGGACCAUCGAAUAUCGAGACCGGAACGCACAGUAUGACUGGGUACUGAAAACCUUAAAUCUUCGAAAUGUUGCAAUCUGGGAUUUUGCUCGUAUGAACUUCGUCCGCACUCUUCUUUCGAAGCGCAAAUUGUCCCAACUAGUCAAGAGUGGCGCUGUGUAUGGCUGGGACGAUCCUCGCUUCCCUACUAUUCGGGGCAUUCGAAGACGUGGUAUGACGGUGCGUGCUUUACGUGACUUUAUGCUUCAACAGGGACCCAGCAGGAAUAUUGUGAAUAUGGACUGGACAAUCUUCUGGGCAACCAACAAGAAAUUCAUUGACCCUGUGGCACCAAGACAUACUGCGAUAUCUCUUGAAAAUGCUGUUAAAUGCACUGUCAUUGGCGCAAGCCCUGAGGUGACUUGGGUGGAUAAGCCGAAGCAUGGGAAGAACCCUGAUGUGGGAAUGAAGAAAGUGGCUUACAGCAACACAAUCUGGGUAGAGCAAGAUGACGCCCUCAGUUUCACCGGAGACGAAGAGGUGACCCUGAUGAAUUGGGGUAAUGCCUUUGUGCGGAAGAUCACAAAAUCCUCUUCGUCUCCUGAUAUCGUCGCAUCUAUCGAGUUCGAGCUGCACCUCGAAGGAGAUGUGAAGAAGACCGACAAGAAGCUUACCUGGCUCUCUGAUGAUCAGAACCGGGUUCUGGUCGAAUUAGUCGAUUUCGACUUCCUUAUCACCAAGGAUAAGCUCGAGGAGGAAGACAAGUUGGAGGAUUUCCUGACGCCUGAAACCGAGUUCCGCACCAAGGCGUUUGCUGAUUGCAACGUGGCCGAUGUCCGAGCUGAUGAUAUUAUACAGUUUGAGCGGAAGGGCUACUACAGGUGCGAUAGCGCCAUAGGGGCUGACGGGUCGCCGGCAACCUUCUUCAAGAUCCCAACAGGCAAGGCUAAGUAG